CCUUAUGCGUUAGAUCCCGACACGUGUCAAUAAGGAUCCACAUGGCGAGAUCUAAAUGCCAUCGCAGUCAAAGUCAAAGUCAAACAAAGGGACGGCUUCGUAACGCUGGAGGGGGUAAAUUCGAGAAAUCCCAAAACCCCAGUCUGCGAGCUACCGAUCGAGGAAAAAAAAAAAAAAAAGUUAACUGGAGAUUGAAGAAGAUGACUGAUCCAAAGAAGGGGCGUGUACAAUGGGAUGAAGCUAAUAUUGUGGAGAUUGAAUCUAACAAGCCUGUUAGGCAGAAGAUCACUGAGCCAAAGACUCCUUACCACCCCAUGAUUCAUGAUGAUGAUGAUUAUGAUGAUGAUGGUUCUCUAUCUCCAAGAGGAGGAAGAUCGUUUGACGAAUGCGUUGAUGAUAUGCAACGUGCAGAAGAACUGAAGAAUGCUAGGUUUACUAGCCAGGGGUCUGGUUCUGGUGGUGGCGGCUGGAGCUCGGCUGAGGAUGAAGAAGCAGAUCCAUUAGAUGAUGAAGGUUUGGAAGGUGAGAAAAAUGAGAGGUUCAGUGAACUCAGAAGAGUACAUUACGAUGAGUUCCACAAGGUGAAGGAACUGAGGUCCCUAGGGUCCUUCUACGAAGAAGAAGAAGAGGACGAGGAUGAUGACGCUAGUAAAAAAGCAGAGACAACAACCUCACCACACAGCGAAGGCGGCGUUACCAAAGAGGUAGAAGCAGCGGAGAAGUCAUCUUCAUAAACAUCUGUUCAAUCAAAUGUGUACUACUCUUGUCCAGGUUUUAUAGAGCUCUCUAUUUAAACCUUUUUUAAAACGAAAAGGAACAAGAAAAAAAAGUUAAGAUUCUGAAACACUGUGUUAUAUUGUUACACCAACAUUUUAAUGCAACUGCUUACAGUCA